AUGUUUACCUUCACCGUAUGUCAGUGGUGUCUAAAUAAUCAUAGAAAAAUUUAUGUGGAUGUCGUGUUCAACCAUAUGACGAUACCUCAUAACAAUAGUGUUGGUACUGGAGGUAGCACAGCAGAUCCUGAUAAUUAUUCUUACCCUGGUGUUCCAUACACAAAAGAACAUUUCAAUUUUCCAGUCUGUGAGGUGACUGAUUACACUAAUGCUACUGAGGUUCGAGUUUGUCAACUGGGUGGAUUACAGGAUUUGAAUCAGACUAGUCCGUAUGUUCGUCAAAAGAUUACGGAAUAUUUGAACAAACUUAUUGAUCUUGGUGUUGCUGGCUUUAGAGUGGACGCAGCAAAGCACAUGUGGCCAGAGGAUCUGAAUGAAAUUUACAAACGUCUUAACAAUUUAAACAUGAAUCAUGGUUUUCGAAGGAACUCCAGACCAUACAUUUACCAGGAAGUGGCUAAAGAUGGUGUUGUUACUUAUAUGGAAUAUAAAGAUAUGGGAGAUGUUACUGAAUUUACUGCUGGCGCUGAACUAGCACUAAUUUUCAGUGGUCGAAAAAAUUUGAAAACUUUAUCAUCAUGGGGAACCACGGCAUUAGAUAUGAUGCCCAGUGAUAACGCUGUGAUAUUUGUUGACAACCACGAUACGCAGCGCAAUGGUUUUAUACUGACUUACAAAAAUGAAACUUUGUAUAAGAGAAUGGCUCUUCUAGUGUGGCUUUGUUUCUGCUCAUUGUUUGGCGCGGCAUUCUCAUGCGAGGCUUACAUCAAGACCAACCAAUGGCCCGGACGUUCCGUCAUCGUGCAAAUGUUUGAGUGGAAGUGGCUGGACAUUGCGGAUGAAUGUGAGAGGUUUUUAGGACCCAAAGGCUUUGGAGCUGUGCAGACGUCACCAGCAUCAGAAAAUUUGCUGUUACAUAAUGAUGCCGGUAUAAGAACUUGGUACGAACGCUACCAAGUGAUGUCGUACAAUUUGAUUACCAGAUCAGGAGAUGAAGCUGACUUCUUGAACAUGACUACUAGGUGUAACAAAGUUGGAGUCAGGGUGUACGUCGAUGUAGUCUUUAACCACAUGACAGGAGAUCACGAAACAAAUAUCGGUACCGGAGGCAGUACUGCUGACACUGAUACCUGGUCAUACCCUGGAGUUCCUUACACCCAAGAACAUUUCCACCACCCAAUCUGUGAUAUAAACGAUUAUGGCAAUGCUACUGAGGUUCGUAUUUGUCAGCUCUCAGGACUCAAGGACUUGAAUCAAACAAUGCCAUAUGUCCGACAAAAAAUUAUCGACUUCCUCAAUAAUCUUAUUGAUCUUGGCGCAGCUGGUAUCAGAGUGGACGCAGCAAAGCAUAUGUGGCCAGAGGACCUAAAUGAGAUUUAUAGACGUCUAAACAAUUUGAAUAUGAAUCAUGGAUUCCGAAGGAACUCCAGACCUUACAUUUACCAGGAAGUGUCCAAAGGCGGCGCAGUCACAUUUGAGGAGUAUAAAGAUUUGGGAGACGUCACUGAAUUCACUGCUGGAGCGGAAUUAGCGCUUAUUUUCAGUGGUCAAAAACCAUUGAAAACUUUAGCAUCAUGGGGAACAACAGCACUGGAUAUGAUGCCCAGUGAGAAUGCUGUAAUAUUUGUUGACAACCACGAUACGCAACGUAAUGGUUUCAUACUGACUUAUAAAAAUGAAACUUUGUAUAAGGCUGCGAUAGCAUUUCUUCUAGCACAUCCGUAUGGACAACCUCGAAUGACUAGCAGUUACUAUUUUACUGAUUUUGAACAAGGUCCACCAGCUGAUACUGACGAAAAUAUUGUAUCACCAGUCAUAAAUGAGGAUCAAAUGUGUGAUGGUGGUUGGGUAUGUGAACAUCGAUGGGCUCCAGUAUACAGGAUGGUGGCAUUCAGAAACGUAGUACACAACACUGCUGUCACCAACUGGUGGGAUAAUGGCAACAAUCAGAUAGCGUUUGCUUUGGGAAAGAAAGGAUUUAUUGUAUUCAACACAGAAGGAACCGAGUUGAAUAGACAGUUUCAGACUGGACUUCCAGCUGGUACCUAUUGUGAUAUCAUAUCUGGUCAGAAAGAAGGAAGCGUUUGUACUGGAAAGAAUGUGACCGUAUCUAGUACUGGGGCAGCAGUAAUCACAUUAUCUGGAGUCGGACAAGAGCUGCAUCUAGCUAUACAUGUUGGAGAUGAGUCAGAUUUGAUAAAAUACAUAGUUGUGCUAAAGGAGAUGACCAGUAAACGGACAUUGAAAAUUUUAGGUAUGAUGUUUCGGCUCAUCCUUUGCCUGACGGCCGUCGUGACUCUGGCACUGGCCUACAAAAACCCUCACUAUGCAUCAGGCCGUACGACUAUGGUUCACCUGUUUGAAUGGAAGUGGGAUGACAUCGCGAGCGAGUGCGAGAGAUUCUUAGGACCCAGAGGAUAUGGUGGUAUUCAGAUCUCUCCUCCCAAUGAGAACCUCGCGAUCUGGUCCCGUCAACGCCCCUGGUGGGAACGCUACCAGCCCAUCUCCUACCGCCUGGUCACUCGCUCCGGUAACGAACAACAGUUCGCUAACAUGGUGCGAAGAUGUAACGCCGCUGGUGUCCGAAUCUACGUCGAUGCCAUCAUCAACCACAUGACAGGCACAUGGAAUGAGAACACUGGUACUGGUGGCAGCACCGCCAACUUCGGCAACUGGCACUACCCCGGCGUGCCUUACGGCAGGAACGACUUCAACUGGCCCCAAUGUGUUAUCCAAAACCACGACUAUGGUUGCUGUGCUGAUAGGGUACGUAACUGCGAGCUAUCUGGUCUUAAGGACUUGAACCAGGGUACUGAAUACGUCCGUCAAAUGAUUGUUAACUACAUGAACCACCUCAUCGGUUUGGGUGUUGCUGGAUUCAGAAUUGACGCUGCUAAACACAUGUGGCCAGGUGACUUGCGUGUCAUCUACGACAGGCUACACAACCUUAACACUGAUCACGGUUUCCCCUCUGGCGCUCGCCCAUACAUCUACCAGGAAGUCAUUGAUCUUGGUGGUGAAGUCAUUUCCCGCGACGAAUAUACUCCUCUUGCUGCCGUCACAGAGUUUAAAUUCGGUAUGGAACUCAGCCGAGCUUUCAACCGUGGAAACCAACUUAGAUGGCUUCAUAACUGGGGAACUGCUUGGGGUCUUCUUGCUUCUGGCGACUCUCUUACCUUCAUUGACAACCACGACAACCAAAGAGGUCACGGUGCUGGUGGAGCCAUCCUUACCUACAAACAAUCGAAACAGUACAAGGGUGCUAUUGCUUUCAUGUUGGCCCAUCCUUACGGCUGGCCACAACUGAUGAGCUCUUUCGACUUCCACGAUACUGAGGCUGGACCCCCAAUGGACAGCAGCGGCAACAUCAUCUCUCCUUCUAUCAACUCUGACCAAAGCUGCGGUAACGGAUGGAUCUGUGAGCACCGUUGGCGCCAGAUCUACAGCAUGGUUGCCUUCAGAAACCGUGCUGGCAACACCGCUCUUACCAACUGGUGGGACAACGGUAGUAACCAGAUUGCUUUCUGCAGAGGAAACGUUGGCUUCGUUGCUUUCAACAAUGACUACUGGGAUCUGAACCAGACCCUUCAGACUUGCCUCCCCGCUGGUACAUACUGUGACGUCAUCUCUGGUGAGAAGAGCGGUAACAACUGCACAGGCAAGCGUGUCACUGUUGGCAACGAUGGUCGCGCUCACAUCUCUCUUGGAGCCAACGAAUUUGACAUGGUGUUGGCUAUCCACACAGGAACUGAGUCGAGACUGUAAGAAGGGAGUAUUCCAGUUAUCAAGCAUCAACAUGAACCAUCGAUUACUUAUUAAAUCUGCGUUUGUUUAAAUCUGUGAUUUUAUUUAAAUAAGACCCC